GGAGGAGGAGGAGGAGGAGGAAGAGGAGGAGGAAGACAUGGAGGCUGAGCGUCUUUGCAGAAGGACCGAGCUGUAGGACGAGGUGAUUUCUACGGGGUAGUUUUCACUCCUAGAAUGGACCCAGCUCACAUUGGAGGGGACAUGUCACCUUUGUACGUGCCAAGAAAACGAAAAUCCGUCCAGUCGCAACCCAAAUGUGGAGUGCCAUGUCCAGUUGUUCAGCGAAUACCAAAAAGAACCUGUGACUUAAAUUCAGCUGGAUAUCCCAAGAAAGAAGAAUCUGAAGCCCAAGACACUCUGAAGAUGAAGAGAACUUAUGGUAGAAAAAGGUACGAGGACCUCCAGAGUGUUUCCAUAGGAACAGUAGAUUACCCAACUACCAGCUGCUCUGUGAUGUCAUCGGGUGGCCUGGCCAAUGGGGCGGAUCCAGGGUCGAUGGCUCCACCCACUGCAAGGCUGCCUCCGAGACUGUUGGCGAAGGAUGUGUGGCCUCAGGGCCCCGAGGCCAGCAGGGAGCCGCCACAACCUCAGGACCACAGCUGGGACCCCAGCAGGGACCGGGGCCCCGACGCCUGGGCCCCGGGUCGGGACCGACCACAGGAGCAGGUCUGGAGCUCCGGCAGGGACCGGGCGGGACACUCCAGUCAAGACCAGACGUGGAUUCCGGGCAGGGACAGGGCCCACAGCGGACCGGACCAGGCCUGGAUGACGGGCCGGGACCGGGGCCCUGAGCAAGGGUGGGCGGCUGACAGAGACCGGGGCCAGGAUCAGGUCUGGAACGCGGGCAGGGAUCCGGGCAGGGACGGGCCCUCCUCGGGGCCAGAGCAGGCUUGGGGAACCGGUCGAGGUCAAGACCAGGACUGGAGCAACACGAGCAGAGACAGAGGUCACGUCUGGAGACCUGACUUGAACAUGAAGAAAGUCCUAAGAGUGGAGAUGGAGCGAAGCCCACCUGUGAAUAACUUCCCACAGCCACCAGAGGGCAGAGACUCCUAUUCCGAUGCAGCCAGUGUCGGUGAGGCCUCGACGGACCAACCCAUCGAGGACCAGAAACCCCCCGUGAUCUCCACCAAGAAGGAGCCUCCUACCUAUCCUCCAGGAAGUCAAGAGGAGCGUUGGCAGCUGCAGAUUGUGGCCAAAGGCAGAGUCACCUGUCCAAAAUGUAAAAGUGUGAGCAGGAAGACUGUGGAGGGGCUGAAGAAGCACAUGGAGAACUGCAGACUGCAACCCUUCACCUGUCAACACUGUGGGAAACAGCUGAAGUCUUCAACGGGGAUGAAGUAUCACAUCAUGGCCGACCACAGCCACCUGCCCUCAGCAGAAGAUGCCAAGGACCUGGAUGAUCGUGCCAUCAAAGAGAAACUGCGUAAGAUCCUGAAGAGACUGGGCAAAUUAAAAUGCUCCAAAGAGGGCUGUAAUGCUGCCUUCACCAGCAUCAUGGGCUACGUGUACCACAUGAAGAAGUGUGGGAAGGAGGAGUCCGAGCUGGAGAAGAUGCUGCUGAAUUGCUCUCACUGCGGGAAAACCUACAAGUCCAAAGCCGGUCUGGAGUACCACCUGAAAUCAGAGCAUGCUCCCACGCCCCAGAAGAGUGAGGAAGACGAGGCCCUGAAGGCGCACAGGGAGGCGAACCCGGAGAGGACGGCCAGCGGACGGGUGCAGCGAGCGUCGGCCCAGGUGGCGAACUUCCACCUGGCGGAGAUCGCCAACAACGAGCUGCCCAAAGACUGGCCCAAGAGGAAGUUCCAGUCGGACCUGGUGCCCGAUGACAAAAAGUUGAAAUACGCCCGACCAGGACUGCCGGCUUUCAGCCAAGAGGUGCUGAGGAAGUGGAAGAACGAGGUGAAGCUGCAGAGGAAGGUCCAUUGUCCCAACCAGGGCUGUGGCUCCGUCUACACCAGUGUGUCCGGACUGAAAGCUCAUCUGGGACUCUGCACGAGGGGCGACUUCGAGGCUGGAAAAUACAGAUGUCUGAUCUGCAAUAAAGAGUUUAACUCCGAAAGUGGAGUGAAAUACCACAUCAACUCCGUCCACUCUCAGGACUGGUUUGUGACGAACAAAAAGGCCUCCAAGAAGUUUGAGAAGUUCCUCAAAAACCAGCCCAAGGAGUUUGUCCAAAAUGUGGACAAGCAGAUCGUGGAUCACUACCACCACCAGCAGCACCACCAACAUCAUCAUCAUCAUCACCUCCAGCAGCAGCAGCAGCAGCAUCAUCAUGAGCAGCAUCACCACCACCACCAUCACCACCAUCAGCAGCCUCUGCAGCUCCAACCCAUUCAGCACCCUCUGCAGCCGCUGCAUCACCUCCAGCACCAAACCCAGCUCCUCCACCCGGAGCACCAGAGCCUCCCUCCUCAGGGGGACCCCCAGCUCCAGCAGCCGAUGCUCCACUACACCUCUUUGGAGCCCCCACCGGGACCCGUGUGGGUGGACUUGGACCAGGGUGGAGCUGGGCCGGGACCGGAGCAGGCCCCGAUCGAGCUGGAAAUGGCGGAUGACGAGAAACCCGGAGAGGAGGACGGCGUGGUGGUGCAAGGGAAACGGAGAGAUAAAGGGGAGAGGGGGAAGGCUGAUGGGAAGAGGAAGGAUUGCUUUUCUUUCGGUGGUGGUGGUGGGGUUUGUGGUCCCAGUAAUACAGGCAGCUCGUCCAGCGAAUCGGAGGUGGAGCAGCGGGACAGGCAGAGACAGAUCGAGCAGUGGAAUCUGAAACGUCCCGGCAUCAUGGAGCCCCUCCCCGAGGCGGGAAAGACGCAAAGGAACACUUAGAAGAAAGUUUAAAACAUCGUCGUGCAUCAGAGCUGAGAAAAACACACCACGGAGUGUCCGUCUCUAUUAGCCGUGACGUAGAACGGUUUCCACAAGAGGAGACCGGUGAGGAGGCGGCUGACGACAGAGCUGCUAUUUACAACUUUUUAAAUUUUAGAAGAUGAACCUCACAGAGUCAGCGUGGAUGUGAGAGUACACACACACACACACACACACACACACACACACACACACACACACACACACACACACACACACACACACACACACACUCUUCUGGUCCAGAGGCUGUUUCUGUGGUUGUCGUUGUAUAGCCUUGAGAAAUAAUGUAGUAUACCGUUUUAUCUGUGAGUUUAUCUGUAACAGAAUCUUUUCACCAACUUUAAAUGUGUCUUAUUCUUUCAUGUUUACCUUUUUAAAGGGGAAUAGUUGAUUUCACUUUUAGAGAGGCUGCUACAGUGUAGUAUUUUAUUAGACUUGUCUCUCUUUAUGAAAAUAUUUUGUGCCUCUUAAGUAUGAUUUUUAUAACUUCAUACUACGUACUCAUCCUCACUCUUACGUACAACCGAUUAGCCUUUUCUGGGUUCAAUUAUGUCUGAAGUGUCACUUUUUCUGGUAGAGUUCAACAGAAAAGGGAUUCCCCCUCACCACGUCCCUUCCUCGUGAGAUUUUAACUUAAUGUGGGUUUUUUUUGACAGUGAAUGCAACUCGGCUUCAUAGCUGGCAUCACUGUACCAUCUUUGAGCCAAGUCUGCUGACAGCUUGUGGUGACGUCUCUGUAGUGGUUCCAGACCCUUUACAGCCUUUUGCCUAACCAUAAUCAGAAACAGCAAUUAGCAUUAGCAAGUAGCGCUACAAUAAGCAUAAUCUCACUGAAGCAGGCUAUCAUGAACGGUGAUUAAAAGACGGAAGCUUAUGUUUGCCUUAAUGUUAAAGAAGCGUUGACAAAGUCAUGUGGUGCUGCUUAUGUUCUGUAACUGUAGCAUGAAAUCAUGGUGGAAUCGGCAAGCUAACUAGCUCGGCCCUAAAUUCAGCUUGUUUCCCAAACUGUUGGACUAUUCCUUUUUGAAAAGCAGUAUCAGCCAGCUCAUGUCAGCCUACCUCUCAAUAGUGUAGUUCCCAAGAAACAGAAAACAACAACACAAGUUUUGAAGAAAUUAAGCAACUAAAAUAACUUGCAGUGUGAAGAUGUGUUCCUGCAUUCUCUUAAAAAGAUGUCAACAUGUUGGAAUCUUUGAUUUGCAGUAAUAGAUUUGUGUUUUUUUAGUUCAGCAACAAUUAACGUCCACCGACUAGCUAUUUCUGAAACUUAAAACGGCAUCUUUAUAAUCUUCCUCAGUUGUUGUAGCUCGGUUGUCAUCAUGACGGAGCAUUCUGUUGAGGAAUACCACCAGAUGGGUUUGAAAGCUCUAGGAGAAGCCAGUAAGUGGACCUUUUUUAGUUUAGAUUUUCUUUUUAAAUCAAACAACAUUUUCCAUGUUAACAAUGACCGCUCAUUUAAAAACAAAAAAAUCAGUUUUAAACAUUCCACACAGGAGUUUUAUCAGCAGGGAAACAAAGAAAAAUAAAGCACAUUAAUCAGUUCUGAUCGGUUCUUAAUGGCCAAUAAAUGUGACGGUCAACUUAUUGUUUAUGAUGGUGGUUUAGACGUCCACACAAGUGACGUUAAACUCUGAUGAAGGAAAGCUAACAUACCAAGCAUUUAACAUGAAGGAUGUCUGUUUCUUUAUUUUUUCUGACCUGUUUUCAUCACAGAAUAUUUAACCAAUAGCAUGUAGCCAACUGUUUAUGUACUCUACUAUAGUGACGUAAGGUUAUGGAUGGUCGUCAGUCAUUUCUUUGUGACGUUUUUAACACUAUUUUGUAUAUGGUUUUUUUUACAAUUUGUUUGCAUUUAUGAAUGUAAUUUGUUUCCCCUCUUUUGUGCACUUAAAAAAACUUAAUUUAUCAUUUGACACUUUCAAAGAGGAGUACCCUUUAAUCUGUUUAACUGUCUUUAAAGAACUGUGUGAAAUUAUUCUGUCAAAAAAUAUUUACUGUCUCUGAUUCUGUUUAAAGUGCUUUAGCCUUCAUUUCCCUCCAUCAGAUGCCUUUAGGAAGAGUUUAAAAUAAAAAAAACUCCUUGUACAUGGGAAGUAUUUCAGAAAGGAAGGGUUUUUUCAGUGUUGGAGAACACGCAAUGAUAUAUUCUUAUUCUCACGUCCUGUUUUCAGUCAUUUCACUUCUUUUGUGUUAUUUUUCUUAGAAAAAAGUCAGUGCUAGAAAAAGUCAAAUUUUCAUGGUAGCUCAGUUUAACGCCACCUGUCUAAGACUUAUUUUAUUUAUUUAUUUUAGUUUUAAGUUACUGUAAGGAACUUUUAACUGGUUAUGAAACUGGUCUAAAUUUAAUACCGAUCCUCUAUUUGACCUACAUCAGUAAACAAGACUUUCAGAGAGAAGAUUGUCUGUUUCUAUAAAGUUAUUCUUAUUUUUUAUGCUUGUCGGAUUCUGGUGAAAUCAGAUGAAAUCAUGCAGGUUCACCAGAAACUCCUUCAGCUCAGACUCCAGCAGAGAUCAGUCCACCGUGGACAGACCCAGAUCCAGCAGAGACCAGUCCACCGUGGACAGACCCAGAUCCGGCUUUAUCGCAGCCGUCCA